AGAGCAAUCACCUCACAGACUUGUACCGAAAAGAAGAGACCAUCAGCGUGGCAGGGAAUGGCUGCAUCCACAGUCCUCGCUUCCCCAGCAGUUACCCCAGGAACCUCCUGCUGACAUGGCGGCUCCACUCCCCGGAGAGCACCAGGAUCCAGCUGGCUUUUGAUAAUCAGUUUGGACUGGAGGAGCCUGAAAAUGAUAUCUGCAGGUAUGACUUUGUGGAAGUGGAGGAUGUGUCAGAGACCAGUACGGUUAUACGAGGACGGUGGUGUGGACACAAGGAAGUACCUCCAAGAAUAACAUCAAGAACAAAUCAGAUAAAGAUAACCUUCAAAUCUGAUGACUACUUUGUGGCUAAACCUGGAUUCAAGAUUUGUUACUCCCUUGUGUGUAGCUCGAAAGAGGCAGAUUUUGCAAACACUCAGGAAAUGGAUGAUUUCCAGCAUGCAGCCUCAGAAACCAACUGGGAGUCAGUCACAAGCUCUGUCUCA